AUGUCCUGGUCACACUGCGGUGGGGUUUCUCACUGUCGAUAUCAUCUAAAUAAAGCAAUGAUCGUCAUUAAUAGGCACCUGGAACCCAAGGCUAUCCUUUCCGGGGACCCUCGAAACCUCGCCCUCUACUUUAACCCUUCAUUUCUAAUUUUUCCAGUCCCUCGAAACUUCAAAUUUCUUUAUCGUAAAAUGUGCAAUCACAGCAGCGGGGCGACGGAACUUGAAAAAAAUAUAAGAGCAGGGAGGGAGAGUGAUAACGGCGACCCCAACUCGGGCACAGAAGUCUUACUGGCCCUACAUCUGCUACUAAAUGACUCGGAAUAA